AAUCAUUUCCAUAAGGCCUUAACCCGUGCACGUGAUGUCAAAUAGCUCUAACGGCCGCCUGAGCGAAUAUUUUGCGAACGACCCACCCAGCUUUUUUGAUGAGCUAAAGCCCAAAGAUACUCCCACACAAGCACAAGCACAACAAACAGGUGCGAGUGCAGGAAUGCAGAAAAGUGAGAACACAAAUAUGUUGGCGACAUCCUUCACAGGAUGCUUUAAACCGCCUGAAUAUGUAGAGACCAACCCAGAUACAGAGGACGAUCUAAAAGUUAGCGAUGAUGUGCGAAAUUUAUGGGACUUUCAAGGCAAGCAAAGUGAUUCUCUUAUUAUGCCUGGUAUCCACACACCCGCUGAUCUGCCCGACCACAUUAGCAUAGCAGUAACACAACACUUGGGUGAUUCUGAGCUGGCUCAUCGAAAAAUCCUUGGUGUGGAUGAUGUCACACAGGACGAACGCGGCCUACGUUCCCUGAUGUAUGCAGGGUGCUAUCGUGCCGCUGUUAACCUGACAGGCAGACUCUUGACUAUAUAUGGGCAGGGCUAUGGCCGCGCGGGUCAGCCAGCGAAACAUUCACCUCAUUCACUGCAGCUCUGGUUCACACGAUUGGCUCUACUUGCUAAAUUAGGAGAGUUCGAACUGCUACAAGCAGAAGCCUCACCUUUUGAACAACUAAACGCCCCCGAUGUCUUCUACGAAUUCUAUCCCGAAAUGUACAAUGGCAAGAGCGGCUCGAUAGCGUGUUUCUCAUUUAGGCUGCUCCUCGCAGAGCUCCCGAUUUACCUAGGAAAGCCACAUGUGGCGCUGGACAAUCUCUCCGAACUACACGUUACCAGCAACGAGAUCAGGGAACAUUUUCAAAAAAUAAAAGAUACUUCCGCCGAGGAGUUCUGGCAGCGACGCUCCGAGAGGGUAUUGCAUUCGAUCAUAAACUGUGCCUUAAUGAUGAAGAAAUUCAACAUGAUCGAUGAUAUAAUUGGUGGCAUGCUUUUAACGCGAGCUAAUCUGACCAAAGAGGAGCAGCGAGCUCUAUACUCGGCUUGGGGACGCAUAUAUUUGCAAAUUGGUGAUAUUUUUGGCGCUGAGCAAAAGUUUGCUGUCUCUCGUCGGCUACGAGAAAUAAACUCCCAGCCUGACUUGCGAGACUUAGUGGACAAAGGACUCAUUUCUGUUGCCAAAAACGACUUUCCCGAAGCCUAUCUAGUAUUCCAAAAGGCCCUGCAUUUAGAUUCCGGCAAUACAAUGUUGUUGAACAAUAUGGGAGUCUGUUUGCUGUAUGCCGGCAAAUUAAAGGACGCCAUCAAUUUGUAUGAACGUGCCAUCCAUAUCAAUCCACAGAAAUCAUUGAAUGAGAGCCUGUUGGUCAAUUUGUCUACGCUAUACGAAUUGGAAUCGAAUAAUUCAAAGGCUAAAAAGUUAAAUCUGUUGCGCUUGAUUAACAGAUUUAAGCCAGACCUAAAUAUCAGUAUUGAGCUUUGUUUAAAACUGCAAGCGACUAACUAGUAAAGAUUUUAAUACUGAUUGACAUUAACAUUCCCAAU